GGCCAAAUCGAAGUUGGCCACCACCUCUGGUCGCCGGAUGGACUCCACAACCAAGCAUAUGGCCGCCGGCGGCUGCGCCGGCGCGCCAUCGGCUAACGCGGCACCGCUACAGGCCAUACUCGCCGGCGCCCUUAGCGGUGCCGGAGCUGGAGGAGGAGAUGGAGACCCCCGCGCCGCUCUCGAACGGCUUGCUGCCCUCGGGGACCGCAUGGCCGCCGUCCGGCGCCGCCUCGCCGCCUCCAUCUCAGGCGAAUCGCAGCCCCUCUCCCCCUCCGAUAUCCAGUCCGUAUCCUCCGAGAUCUCGUCCGCCGCCCACCUGGUAGUCCUCAACGCCGCCUCUCUCCUUUCUUCCUCUCUCCCCUUUCCCACCCCAUCUCCACCUCCUGCACCUCCUGCUCCUAUCCAAGAGCUUCCCUCGGCGGCCACCUCCGCCCAAGGACCUCCCCUGGAAACCAUCGAGGGCGAUGGGGGCUACGAUGUCGUGGAGCUCAACGCCGACGAGCUGCUCGCGGAGCAUGUACACUUCUGCAAUAUCUGCGGCAAGGGCUUCCGCCGCGACGCCAACCUCAGGAUGCACAUGCGUGCGCACGGCGACCAAUUCAAGACCCUUGACGCCCUCUCCCGGCCCGGCCAGGCGAAGCCAGCUGCCGGCCGAGAUGUGCGAUUCUCGUGCCCUUUCACUGGGUGCAACCGGAACCGUGUGCAUCGCCGCUUCCGGCCACUCAAGUCGGCGGUCUGCGCGCGCAACCACUUCCGCCGCAGCCACUGCCCCAAGCUCUAUGCUUGCGAGCGCUGCGGUGGUAAGAAGCAUUUUGCUGUUCUUGCCGAUCUCCGCAGUCACCUUCGCCACUGCGGUGAGGAGGCACAGUGGCGCUGCACCUGCGGCACCACCUUCUCCCGCAAGGACAAGCUGUUCGGCCAUCUUGCGCUCUUUGAAGGUCAUAUGCCUGCCAUCUCCGCGCCGAACAAUGAUGCAGUGGCAGCGCCUACAGAGGCACCCUUCGAUAUAAUGGAUGAAGGAGGAAUUGAAGGAAACUGUGACCAGGAGGAUGACGAUGAAGGCAGGUUUGAUCCGGAGUUCUUCAAUGAGUGGAUGGAGGAGCUUAAAGAUGGUGCUGGACCUGCUGAUGGCACAAGCUGGCCUGGACCUGCAGCAGCCGGGCAAUAGCAAUGUACUGAGUACUGUUUGGGGUGUACGGUAGGCACAACAAGGGCCAUUGGCUUGUGAAAGUGAAUGGGAAGAUCAGUGAUGAAGGUGCUUCUGAAGACAACACAGGGUUUUCUACCUCUUUCUCCUCAUCCAUCCUCUCUUGUUUCAUGGUGCUCACUUCUUCGGCCUCACCUUUGUCAUGUUGCUCCCUUGUUAUUCUGUUGCCUGUUGGCGGAAAAUACACCCAGUUGUUGGUUUUGCACUUAUGCAGUUGCAUGGUUCCUCUUCUGUAUCAACUGAUGAGAAAAUUAUCCUGACAAAUGGUGUAUUCAGUCUCUGGUGUGCUGGAGGCACCGAAAAUAAAAAUGUCAGUUGUUACCCUUA